AUGGUGUAUGAGUACACAAAGCCUCGAGGGCCUAUCGCCCAGUUAUACACAUCACCUGGCCCAGCCUACAUGCUGCCGACACUCCUUGGAGAAAGGGCUCAUGAUCCUCGGAGUGUCCACUACAAGAACCCAGCCUAUUCCUUCGGGGUCAGACAUGGGUAUUAUAAAAGCACCCCCGGCCCUGGACCCUGUCAUUAUCCCAAUCCAAAAAUUCAGCGAGAUGGACUAGAAGGCACCCCAAGUUAUUCUCUCUACUCACGCCAGAAAGAUAUAAGAAGUUUGAACACACCAGGUCCAGGUGCCCACUGCGUGGAUAACGCCGUCACUGCCACACGCCCUCACUACCCGGCUUAUACUUUUGGUAACCGACACCAGCGUGGCCGUGCUGAUAAAAUUCCAGCACCCAACUGCUACAGUUUGCCUAACCCCGCUGUACAGAGCACCAAGCCCCAAGCACCAUGGUACAGCUUAAAGGGCCAUCUGAAAUAUGACAAAAUUCAGGAGAAAGCAAAAAGGACCCCAGGUCCUGGCACUGCAACGGACCCCAGCGUGUAUAAGAAUAGGGCUCCAUACUACAGUUUAACCAGUCGAAACUUGAUGCCAGGAGAUAAUGUUCAGAAACCGGGACCUGCAGCCCAUAUUGCAGAUAAGUCGUGUGUCCAGCACUGUAACCCGGCCUACAGUUUCGGAAUCAGGCACUCUUCAUUCAUGACCCCACUUAUCGUGGACUUGCCCAGCAUCGAAUGUGGGGCUUGCGAGUGA